GCCUGUCUGCAGACGCUGCGGGCAUGCGGGGUCCCGCCGGGCCUUCGCGCCUCCUCCACGCCCCACACCCCCUCCUCUGCCUGCUCUGCUUCCUCCCUCCGCUGCUCAAAUAUGCAGCUGGACCGAGCCAGGCAUCCAGAGACCAGCCCCUGUGGGCACUGCUGGAGCCAUAUUGCCACUCAGUCACGACCUUCGCCAACUUCUCAGGUCCCUACUCCUACUGCAACACGACCUUGGACCAGAUUGGGACGUGCUGGCCCCGGAGCGCGGCCGGGGCCCUGGUGGAGAGGCCGUGCCCCGAGUACUUCAACGGCGUCAAGUACAAUACGACCCGGAAUGCCUACCGAGAGUGCUUGGAGAAUGGGACAUGGGCCUCACGGAUCAACUAUUCACAGUGUGAGCCCAUUUUGGAUGAUAAGCAGAGGAAGUAUGACCUGCAUUACCACAUUGCCCUCGUUGUCAACUACCUGGGUCACUGUGUGUCUGUGGCAGCUCUUGUGGCUGCCUUCCUGCUUUUUCUGGCCCUGCGGAGCAUCCGCUGUCUUCGGAACGUGAUUCACUGGAACCUCAUCACUACCUUCAUCCUGAGAAAUGUCAUGUGGUUCCUGCUGCAGCUCAUCGACCAUGAAGUGCAUGAGAGCAACGAGGUCUGGUGCCGCUGCAUCACCACCAUCUUCAACUACUUCGUGGUGACUAACUUCUUCUGGAUGUUCGUGGAGGGCUGCUACCUGCACACGGCCAUCGUCAUGACCUACUCCACUGAGCGCCUGCGCAAGUGGCUCUUCCUCUUCAUCGGAUGGUGCAUCCCCUGCCCCAUUAUCAUCGCCUGGGCCAUUGGCAAACUCUACUACGAGAAUGAACAGUGCUGGUUUGGCAAGGAGCCCGGCGACCUAGUGGACUACAUCUACCAGGGCCCCAUCAUCCUCGUGCUUCUGAUCAAUUUUGUAUUUCUGUUCAACAUCGUCAGGAUCCUGAUGACAAAAUUACGAGCAUCCACCACAUCAGAGACGGUUCAGUACAGGAAGGCGGUGAAGGCCACCCUGGUUCUCCUGCCCCUUCUGGGCAUCACCUACAUGCUGUUCUUCGUCAACCCUGGGGAGGACGAGCUGUCACAGAUUGUGUUCAUCUAUUUCAACUCCUUCCUGCAGUCAUUCCAGGGCUUCUUUGUGUCUGUCUUCUAUUGCUUCUUCAAUGGAGAGGUGCGCUCCGCUGUGAGGAAGAGGUGGCAUCGCUGGCAGGACCAUCACUCCCUCCGAGUCCCCGUGCCCCGGGCCAUGUCCAUCCCCACGUCACCCACACGGAUCAGUUUCCAUAGCAUCAAGCAGACGGCCACUGUAUGACCCCCUCAGUGCCCCCACCUCGCCCGUCACUCCACCAUGGGGACAGCCUUCCAAUCCUCCUCCAGUGCCUUUCUCUGGGUUCUCCCUGCCACGCAGGCCCUGGUGGGGGCAGAUAGGGGAGAGACCAGCUCUCCAGGCUGGCAGGAGAGAAGCUGUGCAGCAGCACGAGGGGCUCUCGGGAACGCGAGCGAAGAAGUCACAGGAGAAGAGAAGAGCGGGUCACAUAUCUACAGGCAUUUGCCCACACCAGCCUCUCUCGCACCGUCCUCACUGUAGCUACGAUCACAGAUGAGGAAACUGAGGCCCAGAGCCAGGAAGGGCCUGACCAAGCCACACAGCUAGUGGUGGGCCUGGGGCUCCUCUGCCCGACUCAUGUCACGGGUCUUCCCACCAGAAACAGCGUGAGUUGGUCCCCCUCACUGCCUUCUGCCUCUGUGCUCAGCAGCGCCACCUGCAGCUGGGGGACACGCAGCAGCUCUAGUAAAGGAUUAAUUCAGUGGGCUUUAUCCCAGGGACUCUCACCUAGAGAAGCCUCAUCUACACCCCACGCUGGACCUGGCCGUCCCUCCACCCCUCCGCAUUCUCCUGCCCCUGGAGCCCCAGGAAGGAUGCUGCCUCUUUUCCUGAGAGACCUCUUCUCAGCCUAGUCUACAGAUUCAGGGCCUUGGGGAGGGGCUGAUGGGGAGGAAGACGUGGCCGGGGCAGUCAUACACUCUUAGGCCAACCAGAUACAUCAUGCAGGACGAAACAGGGAGGAGAAGCAUGGAGGACGGGUUGGGAGAGGAGUUGAGUAGAAGAAGCAGAAACCAAAGUAAUCCCUCAGCCCCCACCUGAGACUGGGCUUCAGCCUCCCCUUCAGAAACAACAUCUCUGCUGUCUGUGAAAUAAACCAUGCCU